UGUGGUCGGGUUGCUGCUUUUAUACGUGAUUUUAGUGCAAAUAUACUCUCAUAUAUAUUUUCCUUCGUUUAUAAAAUAAUCGUGAGGAUUUUCUGAAAACCGACUUUGAAAUGUGUAAUCAUGUGUGACGUGAUCUUGUUUUCAAGUGAUAUUGUCGUGUGACAAAUGUUUUUCUUAGAAAAUAUAUUUAUGUUUGGAUUGCAUGCAGCAUCCUGAAAAUGACAGACGCUCUUCGUUCCAAUGACGGCACCGCAAAGCUCGGCCCUGGUCUCCAGAAUGGGGUAUCCGGUUCGCCGAGGCGCGGCCCUGUCUACGGGCAGAGGGACGACUCGGUGGCCGACAUGAUACAUUUGUCCGGAAUAGACGAGGAGGCCAUCAAUAACAAUCUCAGGCUUCGAUAUUGCCGAGACAAAGUAUAUACCUAUACUGGAACGAUAUUAAUAGCAGUCAACCCUUACAAAGAACUGGAUCAGUAUUCUGCUGAAUAUGUAGCUAAAUACCGAAAUAAGAAAAUUGGCGCUCUUGAGCCUCAUGUGUUUGCCUUGGCCGAAGCAGCUUAUUUCAGUCUGGUUCGUUCAGAUCAGAGCUGUGUUAUAUCCGGCGAAUCAGGAGCUGGUAAAACUGAAACUGCAAAAUUUAUAUUGCAAUAUUUAUGCUCCGUUACUAAUGGAGUCUCUACUUGGGUGGAACAGCAAAUUCUUGAGGCUAACACAAUUUUGGAAGCAUUUGGAAAUGCUAAAACUGUUCGAAAUGACAACUCAUCCCGUUUUGGCAAGUUUAUGAGGGUUUGUUUUGAUUCAAAAUGGACAAUUAAAGGAUGUGUCGUUCAAGAUUAUUUAUUAGAACAAUCAAGAAUUACGCAGAGAAGUCCUGGUGAAUUAAAUUAUCACGUUUUCUAUCAGCUAGUCAAUGGUGCUCAGGGAAAAGAGUUAUCACAACAAUUAGAACUGUUACCAGUAACCUCUUACCGAUAUCUAAAUGAAUCCAGUAUCAGACCAGGUCCAGGACCAGCCAGUGAUAGCAAACGCCUGGAUGCCUUACGUUUGGCGUUCAGUGUGUUACAAAUUCCAGCUGAAAUGUGUGAAGGAAUUUUCAAAGUAUUAGCAGCAAUCUUGUGGUUGGGAAAUUUGGAUUUUGAGGACGUUGAUGGCGAAAGAUGCAGUUUAACUCCUAAUGAUUUGAAAAUAAUAAAAACUGUUUCAAAUUUGUUGGGGAUGAGGGAAGAAGAUCUUACCCAAGUUGUACUCAAAAGACAAAUUAAUGUACGGGGUAAUAUUACAGAGAUCCCGCUCAAAGUACAAGAGGCGAGAGAAAACCGUCAUGCAAUGGCUAAAGCUUUAUAUUCUCGGACUUUUGCCUGGUUAAUCGGCCAUAUAAAUCAUUGCACAGCACCUGGUCCUGAUGCCACAAGUUUUCUAGGAGUUUUAGAUAUAUUUGGGUUUGAAAACUUUGCUGUAAACAGUUUUGAGCAAUUGUGCAUUAAUUAUACGAAUGAAAAACUGCAUAAAUUCUUUAACCAUUAUGUAUUUGCUCUGGAACAAGAAAUGUAUCGCCAAGAAGACAUUAAAUUUUCUCAUAUUCAAUACACUGACAAUACUCCUUGUUUGGAGUUGAUCGAAAAACCACCAAGGUGUAUUUUGAAACUGUUGACUGAACAAUGCCAUAUGCCCAAGGGUUCUGACACCGCUUAUUUGACAAACAUUCACACUGAGUUUGAAAACCAUCCUUGUUACGACAAAGGUAACGACAGGCGCCAAUGGGAAACAAAAUUUUCCAUUCUGCACUAUGCAGGAAGAGUUAGUUAUACCGUCACUGGUUUCGUGGACAAAAAUAGGGAUGCUCAACAGGAUGUUAUGUUUGACCAUAUGUCAAGAGCUGAAAAUAGUUUUGUUAGAGAAAUCACAGCAUAUCAGGAUCUGUGCGCUUCCAGUGCAAGUUACAAUGGUACAGUUGCAAGAGGUACCAGCAAAGGUCGACCAACUGUAGGAGAUACUUUUAGGCAACAACUUCAGAGCCUUGUUGAUGUUUUGCAGUCCACUAAUCCUUGGUAUGUAAGGUGUAUCAAACCAAAUCUCAACAAAGCACCAGACGAUUAUGAUAGCUCUCUAGUAAUAGACCAACUAAGAUAUCUAGGAAUGUUAGACAUAAUAAGAAUAAGGCGAGAAGGAUAUCCAGUAAAUUUACCUCAUGAAGUCUUUGCAAGCCGAUACUCCUGCUUACUGCAGAGACGUUUUCCUAAAGGAACUCUACCAAAAGAUAUUGCUAAGACAAUAUUAUCAACAUUGCAUGCACUGCCAAAUAAGUGCCCUUCUCCUUCCUGGCAACUUGGAAAAACUAAAACAUUCCUACGUGCUCAUAUAGCUGAUCCAUUGGAAGAACGACGAAAUAAUACAUUGGAUUCACGAGCCCUUAUCAUUCAGAAAAUGUGGAAAGGAUAUACGGCCAGAAAUAGAUAUAAGAAAAUAAUAAAUGCUGUUCGACUUUUACAACACGCUUACCGCGGUUGGAUAGAUCGUAUAACAUUUUUGAGAAAACGAAGAGCAGCUAUUGUCAUCCAGAAGAGAUUACGGGGAGUGUUUGCAAGAGAAGUUGCAGCAGCUUUGAGAGAAAUGCGAAGAGUUGAGGAAGAAAUGAGGAAGCGUGAACGUUUAGAACAAGAAAGACUGGAAGCCAUGAAAUUGGCAGAACAAGAAAAGGGAGAACUAGAAGCUUUACAACGUAGUGAACGGGCUGCUGAGGAAGAAAUAGCUGCUUUGACCCAAAUUGCUGAGAAGCUUACGACUAAAAUGGCUGCUAACAAUUCUGCAAAUAAUACAAACAAUAAUAAUAACUCAUUGGAUAACAGCGUCCCUACAUCUGGAAGUCAUUCAAAAUCUAACAGCACUGGCGAAUCAGUAGAUUUAGACAACUUAUUUGCCUUUUUAUCAGACCUGCAGGGUAAUAGUGGACCACCUGUGCCUCAAACUAAUGGACUCCAAAAUGAUGCAGCUUUGAAAAGUAGAAUGAUUGAAGAAAUUGCCGAAGAAAUGAAUGGAUUGGUGGAAGAUUUGGAUGAACAAUUGGAAACUGUGAUACAACAAGAAAUGGAAGGCUUAGCUAACAAUCAUAUGGGCAGCAACUUACCUCUACCUCCAAAAGGCCUAGGAAUACCAUCUCUACCUGAACCUACAACCAGACCUCCACCGCCCCCGACCAAUAGCAAUUCAACUAACAAUACUGCCAAUACAACCAUAACACCUCCAAUUAUGAAUGGAACACCAGAUGUUAACCAAAUGAAUCAAUUGAAUCAACUGAAUCAAAUUAAUCAUAACAAUCAAGUGCAAACAAAUAGUACUCCUCCUGCGCAACCUAUUAUCAAUACUAAUUUGCCGCCCACAAUCGUUAAAGAAACUAAAAAAGUGGGUGAACCAAUUUAUGAAAGUGUGAGACCCCGGGAUGAAAGUGCAGUUAUACCUGCCCCGAUUUUGCAGCAACUGAAUGGAAUUCCAGAGGAAGAUGAAGAUAAGUCUGAUGUAAAACAAGUUCUGAUUCAAACUGCUAAUAAAUUUAGAUCUCGAAGCCCAGGUUUGGAAAGGCAUAUAUCGGCCGUAUCUGAUAGCAAUUCAGGAUCACCCAAGCACAGCAGACCCGGUUCCAGGGAUUCUUCUACAGGCCGUACAGCAGUUGGUGUAGAUAAAGAACAGAGACGUAAACAUCGUGUCGAGCGAAAAUUACAACAAAUGCAAGAAUCUGAAUUGGAACAGAAUCUCUUACAACAAAAUGAUGAUACACAUUACGAUAUCGUCGAAUUUGCACAGAACUUUUUCAAUAAUCAUGAAAGAACUCCAGAAGGGACAAUCAUGGCUACUUUGACUCGCAAAUCAAAUAAAAGCUUGGAGCCAGUGCCAAAAUAUGAAAUGGUUUCUUUCCAUCGAGGUGGAACGAUACCUUGCGCUCAUAUUCAUAUGCAUGAUCCAGAUAAUGAUAAUGUCGCCUGCAGCAUAUUUAGAGAUUUAUGCAAAUACAUGCGCGGUGAAUUGAGUUCUGAACGCGAAUCUGCAGCAAUUCAAGCGAUAAUAGCCCGUGGCCUGGACAGAGAAGAAUUGCGAGAUGAAAUAUACGUUCAGUGCGUACGUCAGGUGACUUGCUGCCCCCAACCAGAGUGGGCAGAUCGUAUCUGGUUGUUACUUUGUCUUGCUGUCGUUGCUUUUCAACCAAGCAAAGCUCUGCACAGAUAUUUUGUGAGUUUCUUGAAGAACUUAACGCAGUUGGAUGGACGACUACAUCAGUAUGCGCAAUGGUGUUUGGACAAUUGUAAUAACACCAAAGUUUCGUGCAGACAACAUCCGCCAUCAACAGUUGAAAUUGCUGCGAUGCGGAGAUUAGGGACGAUAGUUUGCAGAUUUUUCUUCCUCGAUGGGCGGACGAAGGCUAUCGAUGUUCAUCCUACAGAUACUGCUGGUGAUGCAGCGGCCAAAUUGGCAGAAAAAUUGGGACUAAAGAAUUUGGAUGGUUGGGCUAUUUAUCAAUCUAGGCCUGAUGGUGAAGAACACGUGCGCGCUCAUGAUUAUUUGUACGAUGUUAUCGCCGCUUGGGAAAUCAAACAAAGUCGUCAAGGAUCAGGUCAAAGCGGUUUCUCAACAGUUGGUCGCAAAUCCAAUACUGCAAAUUCUGGUAGUGGAGAAAAUAGAUUUGUAUUCAAGCGCAGAUUGUUCAGAAAUACUAGAGAAUUUUCUCAAGAUCCUGUUGAAGUGAAUCUUUUAUAUGCUCAAGCUGUUUAUAGUGUUGUUAAGUGUGAUGAUUUCCCAGUCAGUGAAAAAGUAGCUUUGCAACUCGCUGGCUUACAGGCUCAGGUUGCUUUAGGUGAUAAUAGUAGGCCAGAAUAUUAUGCUGAUGUAGACAGUUACUUGCCUUACAGAGUAAGUCGGACUAGACCUGAUGAAGUUUGGGUACCUGUUCUAGCGCAGGGGCAUAGGCAAUAUGGAGCUGGCAGGUCUGAACUCACUGCCAAAGUGUUGUAUCUCUCAUGCGUGAUGCAAUAUCCACUUUAUGGCACAACCAUGUAUCCAGUUACCUAUCGUGGCUACUGGUCUUAUGGUAAUUCUCUUAUUCUUGGAGUGAAUUGUGAUGGUAUAAUGCUGAUAAAAUCAGAAGACAAAUUUGUGCUCUACGAAUAUCGAUAUCAGGAUGUUGAAUCUAUUUUAUUGGAUCCUAGCGAUAGUUUUAUUACAAUUGGUUUAUCAAGGCAUACAGAUAGUGUUUCACAAAAUCAACAAAGAUGUUUUGUAUUUGAAACUGCUCAGAAAAAUGAGAUUGCUUCUUUAAUUGUCAGUUAUUGCCCUGCUUUGGGAGUCUGGAUAACAGAUAAUGAGGCGCCUACAAAACGAUACAAGAGUGUAACUAAUGAAGAUCGUGUUAGGCUUUACCAAAGUUUAGUAGCAUGUCGAAGACAUUUAGUUGAUGGUGAAAUGCUGAGGAGGCCACAAGACACAAAUGGAGGCUUUUUAAGGAAUACAUUGAGAAGAUUAAGCAAGCAUCGCUUAGACCGUUUGCGCCAAGAACACGGAAUGUCUGGACAGAAUGGUGGACAAGACAGUGCUGGUGGAGGUGGUGAAUGCUAUAGAGGCUUUUCUCCUGCAUAUUGGGCCUUCACCAAACAACCUCUGACACAGACUUUAAGUAAAUUGAAUGAGCAGGAGGAGCAAGAAAUGUUACAAGUUUUCCAAUCUGUAUUGACAUACGCUGGGCUUGGGCAAAAUGGUGAUACAGUUUGCAGAGCAGAAGACGAACGCAUAACAAUAGCUCAAUCUAUACUUGAAAAGUGUAUGCACAAGGACACUAUGCUUGGGGAACUUUACUUGCAAUUAAUAAAACAAACUACAGCCCAUCCAGAUCGAGAUUCCAGGGCCAAUUUAAGACACUGGGCCUUGCUGGCGCUUGCUUGUUCUGUAGCGCUGCCACAACAGAAACCAUUGAGGAGAUACUUGAUAGCACAUCUCAAGAGGUGCGCCGGAGACCACGUCACGGAAGAAGGAAAGUUUGCACGUUUUGCUGAAAAGUGUCUAUUCAGAACUCAAGGCACUCGCCGCAGGCAGUGGCCACCAUCUCGGGAUGAAAUCUUAUGCACUGUAAAUAGAAGACCAGUAUAUGCUCGAUUUUAUUUCAUGGAUGGACAAUAUCAAAGUGUGGAAUUCCAUGCUUCCUGCACAGCCAGAGAUGUUGUCGAAUUAGUUAGAGAGAAGAUUGGUCUGCAGGCUGAUGCUAAAGGUUAUGCAAUAUAUGAAGUCUUGGGCACAUCUGAAAGAAGUUUAGUACCUGAUGAAAAAGUUGCUGAUGUGUUAUCUAAAUGGGAAAAAUAUAGAACAGCUACACAACAAGCAUUACAACAGAGUCAGGUAUAACUUAUCGAUAAGACAGCAUCACAUAUUUUAUUCAAAAAACAUCUGUUCCUAGAUCAAUAUAUGAAUCUUCGAGAUCCUGUUGAAAAAGAAUUACUAUAUCAUCAAGUUUUGCAUGAUCUAAGAUCAGAUCGAUUCCCCAUUACUGAUAUGGAAGCUGUUAUGCUAACAGCUCUUCAAGCGCAAUUGGAGCUAGGAGAUCGGCGUGAAUCUGCUUCUGCAGAAGAUUAUAGAUCAGUGGCUGGACAUUGUUUACCUCCAAGACGUGCCAAUGAUGUAUCUGCAGACGAUGUUGCUAUGCAUCAUCAGUCGUUGAGAGGAAUGACAGCACCAGAGUCAAAGCAGUCAUUCUUAAACCUGAUCAGGAGUUGGCCACUUCAUCGGGCUACUAUAUUUGAUGUCAUGCAAUCAUUCACCUCGAACUGGCCUCGUGUUCUUUGGUUGGCUGUUGAUCAGGUUGGAUUGCAUCUUCUGGAGCACCGAUCCAGGAAUGCUUUGUGUACUUACGAAUACGAAAGUAUUGCUAGCUAUAGUCCCGCCCUGAAUUGUUUGAUGAUAAUCACAGGCAGUGGAAAGAAGCAGAGCAAAGUUAUAUUGACUACUUCUCAGGCUUUCCAAGUAGCAAAUUUAAUCAAAGAGUACACAGAUGUAGUUCUAAGUCCUCAAGAAGAAAAGGCGCCACCACCUCCGCCACAUAAUGCAAAUCAGACAGCAACCACGGAAACGAAGAAACCACCGAAAUCUCGAGCUAUUACUUCCAUUUUGCACAAACAAUCAGGAGCUCAACUGGUAACACCGCAACCCAGCUAAGUUAUUUAUUAUUUAAUUUUUAACUGAUUUUAAUUAGUUAGUGAUAUUUUAUUUUUUGGCUAAAGAUAUAUUAUUUAAACA